GACAUGGAUGGAACUCUUCUUAAUACAGAAGAUCUUUAUACCGAAGCAACAAAUGAAUUGUUAAAACUUUACAACAAGGGUCCACUCACCUGGGAUGUCAAGAUAAAACUUCAAGGAAGACCCCUGUUUGAAUCUAUGACUAUUAUGAUUGAGGAAUACGACUUACCAUUAACUAUUGAAGAAUUUCAAAAGAUCUCCAUGGAAAUCCAAAGUAAAUUAUGGCACAAGUCAAGAUUUCUACCUGGUGCUGUUGAAUUAGUUGAGCAUCUUUACAAUAAUGAUGUGCCCAUAGCUUUGGGAACCAGUUCUAACACGAUAAACUACCAUAGAAAGACCGACCAUUUAAAGAGCGAGUUUAACUAUUUCGGCAAACAUAUAGUUACUGGAGACGAUGAGCGUAUUCCCAAAGGCAAAGGUAAGCCACAUCCUGAUAUUUGGUUUGCUUGUUUGGCAAGCAUCAACGAAGAUAGAAUAAGUCAAGGCUUGGACGAAAUCAAACCGGAGGAAUGUCUUGUUUUUGAGGAUGGCAUUCCCGGUGUUAUAUCCGGAAUUGCUGCCAAUGCCCAUGUUAUUUGGAUUCCUGAUGUAAAUGCAUUGAAAGUUCUCAAUGGGGAAGAACAUAAUAUUAUUGGUACUAGUGGUGAAAUACUUACAAGCCUUACUGAAUUCAACAAAGAUAAAUAUUUCUUAUAGAUAUAAAUAGACAUACAACCAACUAAUAGCGGUUCAACUGUACACGAUGGAGUACAACUACAACUUCAGAAAAAAACAAAAGCCACAGCUAUAAUGCCAAGGUUUGGAAUAUCACAGGAGAAAACAGUGCGUUGCUGAUUGACAUAACCUUUGUUUGCUAUAACAAUAUUCUUCCAACUGGAUUGCAAUUACCCAACACCAAAUGUGUUUGUACUCCAUGAAGGGUUGUGUCAGCCACUAGUUGUCUGUAUUCCAAUACAAAGCAAGAUUGAUAUACGUCAACCUUGCACAUGAUUGGCUAGUCAUACCGUUAUGAAACUUUAGAAAGAAU